CGCGGAUUGGCCGGCCCGCGCGGGGGCCGCGUCAGCGCCCGCGAGCCCAUUCAUCUGUGCACUUGGGCGUUGGACCCCGCAUCUUAUUAGCAACCAGGGAGAUUUCUCCAUUUUCCUCUUGUCUACAGUGCGGCUACAAAUCUGGGAUUUUUUUAUUACUUCUUUUUUUUUUUAAACUACACUUGGGCUCCUUUUUCGUGCUCGACUUUUCCACCCUUUUUCCCUCCCUCCUGUGCUGCUGCUUUUUGAUCUCUUCGACUAAAAUUUUUUUAUCCGGAGUAUAUUUAAUCGGUUCUGUUCUGUCCUCUUCACCACCCCCACCCCCCCCUCCGGUGUGUGUGCCGCUGCCGCUGUUGCCGCCGCUGCUGCUCGCCCCGUCGUUACACCAACCCGAGGCUCUUUGUUUCCCCUCUUGGAUCUGUUGAGUUUCUUUGUUGAAGAAGCCAGCAUGGGUGCCCAGUUCUCCAAGACCGCAGCGAAGGGAGAAGCCGCCGCGGAGAGGCCGGGGGAGGCGGCUGUGGCCUCGUCGCCUUCCAAAGCGAACGGGCAGGAGAAUGGCCACGUGAAGGUAAACGGCGACGCGUCGCCUGCUGCCGCCGAGCCGGGUGCCAAGGAGGAGCUGCAGGCCAACGGCAGCGCCCCGGCCGCCGACAAGGAGGAGCCCGCGGCCACCGGGAGCGGGGCGGCGUCGCCCACUGCGGCCGAGAAAGACGAGCCGGCCGCCGCCGCCCCCGAGGCCGGGGCCAGCGCCGCGGAGAAGGAGGCCCCGGCGGAGGGCGAGGCCGCCGAGCCUGGCUCGCCCACGGCCGCGGAAGGGGAGGCCGCCUCGGCCGCCUCCUCGACGUCUUCGCCCAAGGCCGAGGACGGGGCCACGCCCUCACCCAGCAACGAGACCCCGAAAAAAAAAAAGAAGCGCUUUUCCUUCAAGAAGUCUUUCAAGCUGAGCGGCUUCUCCUUCAAGAAGAACAAGAAGGAGGCGGGAGAAGGCGGUGAGGCGGAGGGCGCAGCUGGCGCCUCCGCCGAGGGCGGCAAGGACGAGGCCGCCGCCGGAGCCGCCGCGGCCGCCGCCGAGGGGGGCGCGGCCUCUGGGGAGCAGGCGGCGGCGGCUCCGGGCGAGGAGGCCGCGGUGGGCGAGGAGGGCGCGGCGGGAGGCGACCCGCAGGAGGCCAAGCCUGAGGAGGCCGCUGCCGCACCGGAGAAGCCGCCCGCCAGCGAGGAGACCAAGGCCGCCGAGGAGCCCAGCAAGGCCGAGGAGAAGAAGGCCGAGGAGGCCGGGGCCAGCGCCGCCGCCUGCGAGGCCCCCUCCGCCCCCUCCGCCGCCGCCGCCGCCGCCGGGCCCGACGCGCCCCCAGAGCAGGAGGCCGCCCCCGCGGAGGAGCCCGCGGCCGCCGCCGCCUCGUCAGCCUGCGCGGCCCCUUCACAGGAGGCCCAGCCCGAGUGCAGUCCAGAAGCCCCCCCAGCGGAGGCGGCAGAGUAAAAGAGCAAGAGUUUUUGAGAUAAUCGAAGAACUUUUCUCCCCCAUUUGUUUGUUGGAGUGGUGCCAGGUACUGGUUUUGGAGAACUUGUCUACAACCAGGGAUUGAUUUUAAAGAUGUCUUUUUUUAUUUUACUUUUCUUUAAACAGCAAAUUUUGGGUUUUUUUCCCCCAUCCGCACAGAUCCCAUCUCAGAUCAUUCUGUUACCACCAUUCCAACAGGUCGAGGAGAGCUUAAACACCUUCCUCUGCCUUGUUUCUCUUUUAUUUUUUAUUUUUUGCAUCAGUAUUAAUGUUUUUUGCAUACUUUGCAUCUUUAUUCAAAAAUGUAAACUUUCUUUGUCAAUCUAUGGACAUGCCCAUAUAUGAAGGAGAUGGGUGGGUCAAAAAGGGAUAUCAGAUGAAGUGAUAGGGGACACAAUGGGGAAAUCAAAGUGGUGCAUAACAUUGCCAAGAGAAUGUGCCACUAGAAAUGAUGGUGUAAAGGCUUAGUCUUUUUUUUUUAAAGAAAAGUUAUUACGAUGUAUUUUGUGAGGCAGGUUUACAACACUACAAGUCUUGAUUAAGAAGGAAAGAAAAAAAAAAACACCAAUACCCAGAUUUUAAGAAAAGAUCAUAGUCUUAGGAGUUCAUUUAAACCAUAGGAACUUUUCACUUAUCUCAUGUUAGCUGUACCAGUCAGUGAUUAAGUAGAACUACAAGUUGUAUAGGCUUUAUUGUUUAUUGCUGGUUUAUGACCUUAAUAAAGUGUAAUUAUGUAUUACCAGCAGGGUGUUUUUAACUGUGACUAUUGUAUAAAAACAAAUCUUGAUAUCCAGAAGCACAUGAAGUUUGCAACUUUCCACCCUGCCCAUUUUUGUAAAACUGCAGUCAUCUUGGACCUUUUAAACACAAAUUUUAAACUCAACCAAGCUGUGAUAAGUGGAAUGGUUACUGUUUAUACUGUGGUAUGUUUUUGAUUACAGCCGACAAUGCUUUCUUUUCCAGUCGUCUUUGAGAAUAAAGGAAAAAAAAUCUUCAGAUGCAAUGGUUUUGUGUAGCAUCUUGUCUAUCAUGUUUUGUAAAUACUGGAGAAGCUUUGACCAAUUUGACUUAGAGAUGGAAUGUAACUUUGCUUACAAAAAUUGCUAUUAAACUCCUGCUUAAGGUGUUCUAAUUUUCUGUGAGCACACUAAAAGCGAAAAAUAAAUGUGAAUAAAAUGUA